GGAAAGUAGUGGAUUUUCUAUUGAUGGACAUUCUACACCUUCAAAUUCUUUAAAUACAUUUCAAAUGUCAAACAUGACUUUAUAUUAUAAUGGGAUUGAAGUUCCACCACCCUGUGCACGGAUUAUUCCAUUAGAAUUACAAAUGCAAAUUGGAAAUGAAAUUAUGACCCAAAGAGAAGAUUCUCGAAUUUCACUAUUACUAUACCUUGCAAUACUAUUAAAACUUAUGAUUAAAGCAAAUAAGUCUAAAGAUAUUCAUUAUUAUAAUGCUCUAACUACUUCUAAAGUAGCAGCUAUUAUAAUUAGAGAUAAAAAUAAUAAUGCUUUAUCAAAUCAUAACAUUUAUUUUGAGAUGUUUAUUGUUAGUAAGAGUAAUAAUCAAGCUGUAAAUAUAGAAGAUAAUAAUCAUAUUGAUGAAGCAUAUUUAAAAACAAUGACUCAACAACAAUAUUUUGCAAAUAUUUUACAAUGUAGUCUUUUUCAACAGGUUGUUAUUGAUGCAUAUGUUACUAUUAAACAA